AUGCAUGCCACGGUUGACGGUCCAACUUCCUCGCACGUCCGCUCUGUCCGCAUCUCCUCCCCCGCGGUCUCCAGCUCCCCCAAUGAACACGGACCUUCCCCUCUCCGCCGUCUAAAGUCCAAAUCGUCUCUUUGGAGUAUCGGCAGCAGCAAUCAAGACGACGACCCUUUCGAAGAGCCUACCAGCGCCGAGAAGAAUUCCAAGCCGAGCAUCUUUCGUCGCUUAUCGCCCGCCCUCGCGGCUCGGGUGAAGCUAUUGGACGGCAGCUCCAAAAACAAUAACAACCGCAACGCCGGCACGGUUGGUCGGAUCCCGGAGGAGCAUUUGAAGGAGCUGGAUAACUUGCACCAGGACCUGUCCAUCAAAGUUGAAAGGAGAGGCCAAGCGUGGGCUGGCCAGGUGCCCACAACACCGGACGAAACACCGACUCAAAAGCGCACCGCGUCGAACAGGCUAGAGCUACCCAGCCUUGAUCUCCUUCAGAAAGUCUCCGACGCGCGCGCGGAGGGCUCAGAAUACACCGACGUGGUUGUCGACCUCCCAGAGCCACCUGUUCUCGCCGCUACUUCUCCUUCCCCUCCCCCUCCGCCUCCGCCUCCGGUGACUGUUCCUGAUCCACCGAACAGCCCACCACCGACGUCCAUGUCUCUGGGUGCUGGUACGGAAUCAGAAGCUCUAUCUGGAAAUGAUGGGGCACAGGAUACGCGUACCGACUUUGAGAAAUAUGUUGAUGACACUAAGCGCAGCGAGGAGCAGUCCGCUCCUUCUCCCCCACCAAAAGACUCCCCUCGCGGCCACACUUAUAGCCUCUCCUCUUCCUCCAACCCACAGUCAUAUUUCAAUGCGACGAGUUCACAGCGCCCCGAGUCUAUAUACUCUUUCUCCCGCGCCUCCUUCAGCAACCAACUCUCCCAGCUUACCUCCAUACCACUCCCCCAACCUGCGGCGCUCGAAACGAGUAUAACGAAUAUACAAACCGCGCUUCUAGCGGUCCGCGCACUGAACGGCCACGCAGACCAAAUCCAAUUCUGGAUCAGGAAAGCAUUCGAUGUACUCAGUGGGCUGGAUUCAGAGGAUGAUGUGGAGUGGGCGGCAGCGGGUGGUCGAGAGGGCCUCGAGGGGGUGGACAAAGCUAUCACUCGAUUUGAGUCUUUGGUCAACGUCUAUGUGAGCGCUAUCGAGAACGUGCAGCUCCGAGACGACGUCGCCACUGUCGACAACGAGAACUUGAAGACUAUCGUCAGUCAGAUGGAUAGCAUUUUGCAAAAUUGGUCGCAAAUCAAGAGCAAGCUCAGAGGUGUAAAACAACAAGUAGAGUUGGCCAUGGAGUGGGAAGAACUUUGGUCCAAUGUACUUGGCGAUGUGGGUAUGGAGAUUGACAACCUCAGUGGAACGAUUUUCGAGAUGGAGGAGAAGCGACACGAGGCUCUAAUGGGCAACGGUCCUGAAGCGACAGGCGGCGUUGACAUCAACGAGCUUGAGACAAUAGUCGAAGAAUCCCCGUCCAAAGGGCGAUCGCACUCCCACAAUCGGAUGAGUCUCGGUGCUAUCAUGGCGAGCGCUUCUAAUACGCCCAUCAUCAAGACCCCUCAGGAUGACUCCACCUCCAAUCUCAUGGCUCUAUUUGCGCGCAUGCAGCCUCUUCGUGCCUCCCUGGAUUUCUUGCCAAUGCGACUGUCUAUGUUUCAGUCCCGAGCUAACAAGAUUUUCCCAAGCGCCUGCGAUGAGCUGGAUGACCGACGAGAACGUCUAGAGAAGAGCUUCCAGGUUCUACAGACUGACUCCGAGGCGCUACAAAAAGAACUUGGCGAGGACAAGUGGAUCAUGGUGUUCCGCAAUGCGGGAAGUCAGGCGCAGAAGAUGUUUGAAUCUGUGGAGCGCAGUCUUUCUAAACUCCAAGAAGGAUUGGAGACAAACGCGCCGGUCAACGAUCCUGCGACGUUUGUCAAGCGAAUGGAUACCUAUGAGACAAAGAAGAUGCACUAUCUGCCUGCGAUUGAGCGCGUGAUAACAAUUAUUCAAAAGGGUAUCAAUGACCGUCUGACCCUGAAUGGUGAGGUCCUGCGGCUGCUGUCUGAUAUGAAAUCACGAACGGAUGCUCUCAAGGCCAGUGUUAAGGUGAUGGAUGCGUCUCUGGAAGACGUCCAGAUUGCCAGAGGUCCACAGCUACGUGAUUCCAUAUCCAGUAUAGUCACAGUGGAUAGCCCAGCUGCGGGUAGUGCCAUCGACACCCCCGGAAGUUCACCUGCAUCAUCUGUCGUUCUUGGGGGCAGUUCAUAUAAAACACCGAUGGGUGGUUCAAGUCGCCGCGAAAGUUCCGUCGGCAGCGCCACGACACGCUCAACUAUGUCCAACGUUCGAAGGUUUUCAGGUCUACCACAGCCGCAAACUACGGGACGUAAGUCUGCUAUUCCCGUCCCUUCAGGCAUGGGCUCUCCGCCACCGUCCAAGCACAGCUAUGCAACCACCCCGACUCCAGCAAGUCGCAGAUUGUCUCGCACUCCGCAGCCACCGUCCACGAUUCCCAACCGCCCGCGGUGGAAUCCUAGUUUUAAUACGCGGGACGUGGAUACUGGUCACUACUUUGAACCCAAUCCUACCGGCUAUCGAAACUCAUCUGCUCCAAUGCGCACACCCCGGCCAUCAUCGACUAUGGCAUUCCGACGCGAUAUGUCUGCCUCUCCAGCUCCUGGUGCUGGACCUGGCGGUCGCUCAAUCAGUCGUCUUUCCAGUCGUCUGGCCUCCUCAUCCCGAAGUCCUUCACGGAAUAUUUCCUCUCCUACCCCCGCCAAGUCCUCACUCCUCGACCCACCUCCCUACAGCCGACUUCGUCGAACCUCCGGUGUCUCCAAUACUUCCGGCAUGUCAAACACACCACGCAGUCGGCAAAGUUACGCCGGAGUGAGCUCCUUCAGCCGCAGUGUAUCGUCGGCCCAAGAAACAAUGGACAGUCCGACUAAGUCCACCCGUCCCGGUACUGCGUUAGGCCAUUCCGGAAACAAGCGCAUGAGUUUGCUACCCUUGCCGACGCCGAAGGAACGCACCGCUGCACAGAAGAGGCUUGAUGCACGACCGCCAUGGCGAGCAUGA